GAGAGAAUACUCACCAGGGAAAGAUGGCGACCGCGGGGUCCGCUGAACGGCCCGGUAGACCGGCCACCUCCGGUAAGCAACGGUACGGGCCCGUAGCUGGGUGCGGGUCCGUUGGAUCCGGUUCCAGUCCGGCGGAGAACGAGGCGAAGAAGAAGAAGAAGUGCGCGGAGGGUCACCCGGCCUGUCGACUCCGACGAACCCAGAGGCGGCCCGGCAGCGGAGAGGAGAGGAGGAGCGAUCCGGAGAAGAGCAGCGGUACGGCGGGCAGGAGGGACCGCGACAACCGGAGAGAGCGCUUCGUGUCUCCAGCUCUCAUCCCAAAAUGUUGUGAUGUUUUAACGGGACCGACCGGUAAACACAAGCUGGUGUCUGAGGAGAGAGACGAGGUAAAGAGGAGGAAAGACGAGUCGGUCCGACGCGACGAAGAGCCAGUAAGACCUGUGUUAGAAAUACAGUUGUGUGAAAAAGUGUUUGCCCCCUUCCUGAUUUCUUAUUUUUUUGCAUGUUUGGAAGGUCUCUGUUCCCCCUUUUGGUUCCUUCAGGUCGGCAUGAGUCACAGUUCCUCAGCAGGAAUCCUUCUCUCCUCGGAGAACAGCCGCUCCGUCUCGGCUCCCAUCACCGCCGACCGCCGGCUGGCCUGGCGAGCCGUCGUCUCUUCGUCGUCGACCCCCGUGGGCGUCGCCCUGCCGCGCCCCGAGCGCUCCAUCAGCCCCGAGAGCAACGACAGCAUCUCAGAAGAACUCAACCACUUCAAGCCCAUCGUCUGCUCGCCGUGCACGCCGCCCAAACGCCUGCCGGACGGACGCCUGCUGGAGCCCACCAUCGUGAAGUCCACGCCCAGGAACCUGACCCGCGGCCUGCAGAGGGCCACCAGCUACGAGGCCAGUCCCGCCGUCCUGCUGAAGUGGAGGCAGAUCGAACUGGACCGCCAGAGUCUCAAGGUGAACUCCAAGGCGACGCUGACGAGCCCCGUCAACGAACUCCACAACAAGACCGGCACGGGGGGGGAGGACGCCAAGACCCGGCGGUCCCCGCUGGGACGAGGCGGAGUGAGGGCCGCCAACAAGAGGAGGCUGCUGUUCGAACCUCCAGCCGGAGACACAGACUCCUUCCAGAAACAGUCCGUGAAGAUCCGGGUCCCUGCGAUCCGCUACAGCAGCGAGACCACUUUCAGAGGAAGUUCAGACUUUGAGCCGGCGGUCGGCGUGCCUGAAUCCGGCAGUGGCGGAGCGCUUUUUAGCCGAAAACAGUCGUUCUCACCGUACACUAAGAACUCCGGUUUCCAGUCCUGUAAAUUAGUGCCAAAGGACUCGCAGAGUCCGAGGAAGGAGUCCGACAGUAGCCUCCACAACCAGUCUACCUCAAGGAGGGGCAAGAAGCGGGAACAGAAGACCAAACACUUGGACUCGGAGCAGGACUUGGACCUGAAGAGGAGCCGGUCGGCCAGCCAGGAGGCCUUCGACGAGCGGUACGUCUGUCAGAUCCAGCAGGAGCGACAGGACCGGGCCAUCGCCUUGAAGCUGCAGAGACAGUUCGACCGGGAGAACCAGACCACCAACCGCCGGAGGAGCCCCGACAAGUACUUCCUGCGGUCCUGGAUGUCCAACCAGAACCACCGCAGGUGGCGUGGCCUGAGGAGGUCUCGACGAAUUAACAAGAAGCACUAGAGAGCGAGUCGUCCGCUGACUCGGCACAAAGGAGGACAGGAAGAGGUUCAUAUAUGCAAAGUGACGAAAAGGUUUGAAUGUUUUUACACGACGGCAAACUUUAAAACGCUGUCGAGGAAAAAGAACAGAAAGUGAACGUUUAUUUGAUCUUUUCACCAGCAAAUCACCAAAAACUGAACCAGCUGCAGUCCGACAUGUGAACUCUCAUCUCUGGAGGACCAAUGGACUAAACACACAAAAAUCUAAAAAGAGAGCUGUUGCUGUAUAAACUGGAGGUCUGGGGUCUUCAGGGGUUUCUGUAGGUCCGGGGCUUCAGGGGAUCCUUGAGGUCUGGGUCUUCAGAGGUUCCCGGAGGUCUGGGUCUUCAGGGGUUUCCGUAGGUCCGGGGAUCCUGGAGGUCUGUGGUCUUCAGGGGUUCCUGGAGGUCUGUGUCUUUAGGGGCCCAGUAUCUCCUCCCACUAUGUUACUGGUCCGCCUCUUUGCUGAAGGUCUUCCAGUCUGAACGUUUGUCAGACGUUCUUUCAGCGCUUUGAAGCUGUGGAUCCUGGACUCUGCUCCGUGGCUGCUGAGGCUCAUGGGUACUGUAGUCUCAGAGACGUCUGGACCAGGAGAGAAGAGUCGUGUGAUUGGACGAGUUGUGUUUGUUUGUGGUGAAAAUGUAAACAAAAGCUUUAAGGAAGAGUUGAUGUUUAAUGUCUGAAGCAGUUUAGAUUUAACCCGAAACUUUAAUAAAAUAAAGAUGAAUGAAUUAAAUAUUGUUGAAUGUUUUACAGUAAGUGACAUUCCUCGCACUUUGAGUUAAGUAACACAUUUUUAAUAUAUUUUUUAUUUUAUUAAAAUAUGGUACUUUCUGUGUUUUUAUGUCCUUU